UUCUUCGUGAUGGAGUUCGUCAAGGGCGGCGAGAUCUUCAGCAAGGUGGCCAAGGGCCACCUCAAGGAGGAGGUGGCGCGGAAGUACUUCCAGCAGCUGAUCUCCGCGGUGGCGUUCUGCCACGCCCGCGGCGUCUACCACCGCGAUUUGAAGCCGGAGAACAUCCUCCUCGAUGAGGACGGCAACCUCAAGGUCUCCGACUUCGGAUUGAGCGCGAUUCCUGAGCAGAUUAAGCAGGACGGGCUGUUCCACACUUUCUGCGGCACGCCGGCCUAUGUGGCCCCGGAGGUUCUGUCGAUGAAAGGGUACGACGCCGCCAAGGUCGAGAAACUAUUUGGGCGGGGGGAUGGAGGAGCGGUGGACCUGCUUCUCCCAGGGGGCGCCGCUGCCGUAGAAGGCGGAGGAAUGGAGGUGGUGGUGGUGGUGGUGGUCGGAGGAGGAAUGGAGGUGGUGGUGGGACCCACUACAAAAUAAAAGAAAAAAAUAAAAAAAAUUCAAGGAAACGGUGUUAGACGUCCGUUUUCUUCGUGGGUUAAGUUGCAUAUUUUUUAUGUACUAUAGGGGAGGUAUUUGCACCAAAGUCGAGUGUGGGGGGCUAAACGCUCUAGGGGGGUCUACUUUAGGGACUAA